AGAGUUCCUUCGGCUAGAGCAAGGGGAUUUGACUGUAGCUCAAUAUGAAGCUAAGUUCAUUUCUUUAUCUCGUUUUGCCCCUUCGUUUGUGGAUGAUGAGGAGGUCAAAUGUCGUCGUUUUACAGAUGGGUUGGAUUUGGACAUCAAAUCUCGUAUCCGAGUAUUGGGAAUAACUAACUAUUCAACCUUGGUUGAUAAAGCCUUAACAGUUGAGGAAGAUGUCAUAGAAAUGAAGUUAGCGGAACAACAGAAGAAGCGCCACCUUAGUUCAUCCCAUCAUGAGAACACAUUUAAUAGACCGUCAAAAAGAGGUGGUCAUGGUUAUGGUUCAGUCAAGAGCUCUAGUGCAUAUCAAAAAAAUAGAGAGCAUCCCACCCCAACCCAAAGCAUUUCUAAUCAGCGUCAUGGACAGUCUAGUGGGACAUCAUCUCAGUUUACUCGAAGUGUUUGCAAGCAAUGUGGGCGGGCACAUACAGGUGUUUGUCAUGCUGGUACCGACUUGUGUUUUCGUUGUGGCCAGAAGGGUCAUUUGGUGAAAGAUUGCACAGUUCCUAAAAUGACUAAUUUGGGAGAUACACGAGCUUGCUUCAAUUGCGGACAACCCGGACAUUUGGCUAGAGAUUGCACACGAACUGCUUCAUCUGCUAGUACUGGAGUUGGUAGUAAUAAAAUUUCAGGUGCCGGCCGAGGGGGAAGCCGAGGAGGAGGUCAGGUUGGGACUAGGUUUGGCAAGCAGAAUAAAGGAGGUGUUCAAUCCGAUAGACAAACCUCGCAGGGGAGAGUUUUUGCUUUGACUCAGCGGGAUGCUCAGGCUAAUCCGGAGGUGGUAACAGGUAUUAUUUAUGUGUUCAGUAGGGAGGCACAUGUACUUAUUGAUCCGGGUUCUACACAUUCUUUUGUAUCUCUAUCAUUUUCUUUGCAUGCUGAUAAACCUAUUGAACCUCUAGGCUAUUGCUUAUCCAUUACUACUCCUAUUGGGGAUUGUGUUAUAAUUGAGGAGGUAUAUCGAGGUUGUGUAUUACAGUUGGGAGAUAGGGAGAUGGUAGCGGAU